UAUAUAACAAAUAAAUGUCAAUUGAAAGUAUUGAUCAGCUUAUUCAUGCCAUUGCCAACAUUUCUCAUGUUGAGAGGCCUUACCUUGAAAACCUUUUAGCUAUUAAAAAAUUGGAAAUCAUGAAGGAGCCAAUUGAUAAAGAGCAUCAAGAUGCACUUUCAAAAGUCACCAUGUGGGAAACACAAAUUAACAAUUUGAAUUCAUGGACACUUCAAUGGCUGAUUACCUUUUGUACAUGUGGUUUAAAAACAGAGAAACAACAAGCAGAAAAAGGUUUAAAGAAAGCAAAAGAAUUAGUAAGUGAAACAGAAAAGCAAGUACAAGCAGAAAAAGAUAAAAUCCAUACAGUUGAACUGCAGAACGAAAAAUAUUCAAUUGAUUAUCGUAAUCUCGAAAAAUAUCGUGAAGAGAUGACUGUACUUUUAGAUAAUGCUUUAAAAGAUCAUAAUCCUACUGUAGAUACUAUCAAGGAUAAUAUUGAAGAUUGUAAGAAAAGAUCAUGUGAGAAAUUCAAUAACAUCGAAAAACUUGAAAAAGUAAAAGAACUAUUAAAAACAGCUGAUACUGCGAUAUUAGAAGCUAUUCUUGAAUUACGAUCAUCUGUAGUAAAAGAGAGUUUAAUGGGUGAGGGCAAGGUUUACUUUCCUGAACUUGCUUAUAAUUGUCUUAAACAGGCUCGGGAAGAAUAUCCUGAUUUACCUGGAUUCCAAUCCCCUACAGAAUACAAAAAUGAAGCUGAUAACACAGGCGCUUAUUAUUCACCAAUGCAGAAAUAUCUUUGGGAUGUGCGUCAUAAACUGGCUGAACUCAUCAUUUGGUGUGAUAAUGAAGCUCUUUCUUUAUUAGAGGACGAAACUCAGAUUCAAAUUGAACUUGGAUCAAAAAUUGAUGAAUAUAAUACAGAAAGACGUAAAAUUUUAAAGGAGAACAUAUAGAACAAAAAAAAAGAGAAUGCAGGAAGGGUUAAAACUGACAUUAUUAUGAAAAGUAAAUAAAUAACAUGUUAAUAUUUAAUUAAGUA